ACCUUCCGGUGGGGAGAGCGGACAUCCGGUCCGUCCGCUUCGGGAUCCCCGUUGAUGGCAGCGUACGGAACGAGAAGGAAGCGACGAAGGAACUGUAACAAUGAAGAAAACCAUUCUGUUCCACCACCGAAACGUCUCAGCAAUAGUACAUUGUUGCAGGAUCUACCAAGAGACAGCUGGGACUGCGAGUCCUCGAGCAGUGAUAGCAGCAGUAUAGUCAGCAGUCCUGACAGACCGAAUGGACACUUACCAGCUGAAGCCAAUACUAAACCAGGCAACAGCUCGACUAUGCUUCCGUUUUCUGAUUCCAGCGAACAGUCUGCACAAGGCCCGUACUUUCAAAUCAAUCAGAUCCUGAGAGAGGCACACUUCUAUAGCUUACAUCAACGUGGACACCAAACGUGACCAGAAUGGGACUGUGUGCCUUCAAUGAAGGACAGGGACUGUAAAUGUAAUCUUUUGGAGUGGAUGUUUGUACUUAGAUGAUUUAAAUUGCACAAUCUUUUUCCUUUUUUGCUCCAUUUGGUUUAAAGUUUAACAUCUUUUCACUUUUUAAAUGCCCUUGGACAAAUGUAAUAUCAAAAUUGUGCAGGCUAUAAUGGCACAACUGUAGCCUUGAUUGCUUCAUUUACCCUGUUUGGCAUCGUUCUAAUUUAGUAAAUCUGUUCACUGUGGAAUUAAUCUGCAAAUGAGCAAAGUCCUCCAGUGAUGUUGCAACAGGAGUUCUUGAAGAAACAAGAAGAAAGUGGCUAUUUUUGAAAAACUGUAGGGUCAACUUGGACUAAAAAGUGUAUUUGCAUUCCUCUGCAUUUUAAGAAGUGAUGUAUACUGGAAUGUGACCAGUUUGAGCGUCUUUUAAAAUCUUACUGUACUAGGCUUAUAACAGUUUUCUUGGUAUUUUACAACAAAUUUUUCUUUGAGACUCUAAUACUAUAGCUGAAAAUUUCCACUUAUUGUGAAAUUGCAUUGCCAUUCAGAGACUGAAGCAGAUACAGUAGUGGAAUUUCUAUCAUUAUUUGAGUAAAAAAUGAAUGCCUCUGCAGAUCUAAGCUGUAUGCUUGGAGUUUUUUUUAAAUCGGGCUUCAUUCCACCAAAAAAUGUGAAGAUGGGUUGUGUCAAUCUAGGUUUCCGUAGUUCUUUGUAUUGUGUUGGGCCUGCAUUUGAUACAAGUCAUCUUGUACUAAACCUGAACAUGUCCUUAAAUAUAAUAUAGUUUAAACGUUUUCUUUAAGUUAUGCCUCCAGUUGUAAGCAGAUUGUAGAUAUUUAUAUUUUGCCGGUUUUGCAUGCAGACAUGCUUGGUGUUACAACAUUCAGACAGCCAUCAAGAGCUUCCUAGAUAGCUCAGUGACUAGCUGAGCUGCACAGACCAUAAAGGUUUGAGUUGUUAAUUUUCUCAGUUGGGGCAACAGUAUAGAGAAUCUGCAAUUGAAGAUGUGCAUCCGGGGACAGGUUCAGACAAAGUACAGCUCAAGGUUCAGUCACAGUGACCCUUGUGCUCAAAUUAGCUGCUGACAACUAGACGAGAUGUGCCAGAGGAUGCCUUUGGAACUGUCUUAACUGGGAGUCACACUUGUAGGAAUUUGAGGGUAGUUACAAAAAGGAAGAUAAUUUUUUUCUCUUUUUAAUUAUUUUAUAUUGUUAUGAUUGGGUAAACAUGUAACAGGUAUGAUACAGUCAAUGACAUUCCUAAUUACACUCAAACCUCAGGGUGCACAUGCCUGACUCUUGAUUUGGAAUGGGGUUGGGAAUUUGUUCUUUGUCAGGGAUUUUUAUUUUAAAGUUAUUGUAGAGUCUGAAAUUUUAUUUUAUUUGUAAGCCUAAAGACACCAAGUUUUACCUUCAGAAGUGAGUACAAAAUUAUUGUAACCCUUUGCAUUCAAUAAAAUCAGUAAGAUAAUUUGAAAUGCAAUCAAGAAUACAGUGUGGAAGCCAUACUACAUGAACAGAAUCUUUGAUAAUGUCUUCAAGGUAUUGAGGCUGAGGGCACUGUGUGCUUUUCUAAGCAACAACUUUUAAAUUUUUAUAUAUCACUUGCACUGAAGAUCAGGUUCAGUUUGGAGCAUUGACAGGAUAAGAUUCCUGCCAAUUUUCUCUUGAGUUGUCCCUUUUUGGCUGGUUGUGGAAGCAGCUUGGCUGGUAGAACGUGUGUUCCUAUGACCAGUGAUUUGCUGAGAAAUAAAUCCCAUCAAUUUGAUCCUUUUUAUGGUUUGUGAGUUUUACAGUCCAAUUGCACUCAGUUUUAUUCAUAAAAAUAUCACUGAUAAAUUUAACUUGACAAUUAAAUUUACAUUUGAGCUGCACUUUAUCUCCAAACUAAACUCAUGAUGAAUAAUCGAAGAAUUGGUCCUCUGGACUACAGGUAAAGUUCUAUUUUGGUAUCUUGUUUUAAUUUAUGGAAGUGAAAAAUAUCUUCUGUUGGCAAAUUUGGAUAUCACACUUGUCUUUUUGAACAUCAAGGAUAGGAUUGCAAAAUACAACAUGAAGAUCUAAAAUUGCAGCCAAUUUAUUUUCAAGGAAUAUUUUUAGAAAUGCUGUCAUUCAUUACAUCAGAGUGGGCAGAGUAUAAUUCUAUGCCAGUAUUUCCUUUUAGUCAUACAAUUGAGUAGCUGCCAUUAACAUCAUAGGUAGGAAGAAAAUGAAUUCUACAGCAAGUAGUUAAAAAUUAUUGCACUGUUUUCUGUAUUUAAAAUUGUUAUCUUACUGAAAUUGCAUUCCAUGUUCUUUGCUGUAAAGCAGAACAAACAGGGAAAUUAUACUUUUUCUAAUUCACUCAACAUUACAUGGGUAGGUCAUCGAUGGAGCUCAGUAAAACACUGUGGAGGGUCACAGUUGAAGAAACAGGCAGUAUGAUGGAAUUUAACUGUCAACAAUAGUUUCUAGUGGAUAGUAAGGCAUUUUAACCUGGUUUGUUUACAUCAGCUAAUUUGAUUUUUGAAACUCAAUUUUGAACCAGAUACAAUAGUUUGGUAAUUUUUUGUUUGCCUUCAACUGACUUAUUUAUAGUGGGUUUACAGUUUAGAGUUUAAAAUUCGGUGUUUGGAGUUUAAAUGUCAAGCAAAUUCAUUUUUAAGUAUAUAAAAAAUAAUCAUGGCUGUUCAAGAUCUCAAACAUAUUGUUAAAGCCAAAAUGCAUCUGUUUGAGAGAUUCAGGUUUCUUUUUCGAGAAAAUCCAUUUCUUGCUUUCAACAAUUUUGAAAUAAAAUUUAUUUUACCUAAUUUUCUGACUCGGUCUUUAAUUUCAGAGUUAUUGAAAGCACAGGCAAUUUUGUAAUGCACGUUUUCAACGUAAUUUGUUUUGAGUUGCCUCGGUUCUCCACUCUAUGAAAAUGUAAUUCAUGCUAGUGACAGUCAUUCUGAUAUUCUCUCCAAUCCUUAAAUAUAGUUUAAACAAAUGUUAAGCAGAUGUUGAAGCAAGGGCUAUUAAAAUAUGCUUCCUUAAUACUGAGGUUAGGUCUCUUUAAAUACAGAUAUGUGAUAGUUUGUCAUGAUAGAAAACCUCAGAGUUCCUAAUGUGGACUAAACUGGCACAAAACCAAGGUUGGGGAGGGGUUUGAUUUGUAGCAGAAAAGUGAAAGAAAAUCAUUUUUAAAUGAUAAUGAGGUGGUGAUGUGUUCACUUGAAUCACAGGCAUAGUGGGCAAGAUUUAAUGUUAUGAACACAAUAUGCUAAUGUUUGUACACUCCAGGCUACAAGUUUCAAUAUGGUCCAGCCUAGGAGUAUUUUUGGGACAGUAACAAAGCAUAUUGAUGUGAUUCAUUUGACUGCAGUUUUCAUAGUUAACUGGGAAACC